AUGCGUCUUUUAGAAAUCUUACCAAAUGGGGACUUACGCCUGACCCAGAAGUUGCUCGAUGAUGCGAUCCCUCAAUAUGCCAUCCUCUCGCACACAUGGGGAGAUGAGAGCAAAGAGGUCACCUUUGAAGAUAUAGUCGGAGGUUCAGACCGAGGCAAGGCUGGAUAUAAGAAGAUCAAGUUCUGCGGCAAUCAAGCGACUCAAGAUGGCUUACGAUACUUCUGGGUGGACAGUUGUUGCAUCAAGAAGUCUAGCGACGCUGAGCUUUCGGAGUCGCUCAACUCCAUGUUCCGCUGGUACCAACGCGCCGAGAAGUGCUACGUGUACCUGUCUGAUGUGUCUACUACGAGGAAGAGGAAAACGAGCGGGGGGGACACACUGAAAACGUGGGAACAGGCUUUUCGGGAGAGUAGAUGGUUCACUCGGGGCUGGACGCUUCAGGAGCUCCUCGCUCCUACGUCAGUGAAAUUUUUCUCCAAAGAGGGCGAAGAACUUGGUGAUAAACAGUCUCUCGAACAAGAGAUCUACGAAAUUACGAGGAUCCCUAUUUCAGCACUUCGAGAGUCUAAGUUAUCUAGAUUCAGCACUGAACAGAAAUUCGACUGGGCAAAGAACCGGCAAACAACACGCGAGGAAGAUUGGGCGUACUCUCUCUUGGGCAUUUUCGAAAUCUCGAUGCCAGUUGUAUAUGGAGAAGGGAGGAGAAACGCAGUUAGGCGGCUGGAGAAGGAGAUUGAUGAUACCUCGAAGGCUAAGCAGUGCUUGCGUGACCUACGCGUAACCGACCCUCGUGCUGACAAAGUUCGGAUCGAAGAGGCUAAGGGUGGCUUGAUACCGGACUCAUACCGCUGGAUCCUCGAAAAUAACGAUUUCAAACAAUGGCGUAAUGGCCAGCAGAGCCACUUGCUGUGGAUCAAAGGCGAUCCUGGGAAGGGAAAAACGAUGCUGCUCUGUGGAAUUAUCGACGAGCUGAAGAAGUCAAUAGCCGAGACACAUCUCCUGUCCUUCUUUUAUUGUCAGGCAACCGAUUCGCGAAUUAACAGUGCCACGGCCGUCCUACGAGGUCUUUUGUACUUGCUUAUCGACCAGCAGCCAUCGCUUAUUUGGCAUAUCCAGAAGCAGCAUGACCUCGCAGGCAAAAACGUCUUCGAAGACACAAAUGCUUGGGUCGCCCUGUCCGACAUCUUCACAAACGUUCUACAAGACCCGAGCUUGAAAAGCACUUACUUAAUCAUCGACGCGCUCGACGAAUGCACUAUAGGCCUGCCGAAACUACUAGACGUUAUCAUCCGGAAGUCGCCGGUAUCUCCCCAUAUCAAGUGGCUUGUCUCUAGUCGCAACUGGCCCCCCAUCGGAGAGUGGUUAGACAAGGCCCGAAGAAAGGUGACGCUGCGCCUCGAGCUAAAUGCGGAGUCUAUCUCUACGGCUGUCAGCAUAUAUAUCCGGCAUAAAGUGCGUCAGCUAGCGCAGGAGAAGAAGUACGAUAAUAAGACGCGACGCGCUGUACUCGACCAUCUGUCCUCAAAUGCGAAUGGCACUUUUCUUUGGGUGGCUUUAGUAUGUCAAAACCUCCAGAAUAUCCCACGGGGAAGAAUCCGCGCGAGGUUAAACUCCUUUCCGCCUGGGCUUAAUCCUCUUUACGAGCGAAUGAUGAAACAGAUAUGCGAAUCGGAGGAUUCGGAACUCUGCAAGCGGAUACUGGCUUCGAUCUCGACCGUAUACGAACCGAUCACUCUGACUGAAUUAACAUCACUUGUCGAAAUGCUCGAAGAGUCGUCCGACGAUAUAGAGUCAUUACAAGAGAUUGUUGGCCUUUGCGGUUCGUUCCUAACCAUUCAAAAAGACACGAUCUAUUUUGUGCAUCAGUCCGCAAAGGACUAUCUACUCGCAAAGGCAUCCGUUGAGAUCUUUCCAUUGGGAAGGAGACAGGGCCACUACGACAUCUUCUCGAGAUCUCUCGUGGUCAUGUCUAGGACGUUACGACGAAAUAUCUACAGCUUAAAUGCGCUUGGGUAUGGUAUCGAGCAGGUGAAGCCGACAGACUCAGAUCCACUAGCGGCGUCGCGUUACUCGUGCGUUUAUUGGGUUGAUCACCUCUGUGACUGGAAUCCUUCUAUUACAAAUGACCAGGUGGACCUGAAGGAUGGAGGCAUAGUGGAUACGUUCCUCAGAACGAAGUAUCUGUACUGGCUCGAGGCUCUUAGCCUUUGCAGAAGCGUGCCGAAAGGGGUGCUUGCCAUGGGGAGACUCGAGGCGCUCGUCCAGUCCACCCGACAGCCUAAUACGGCGCCAGUUCAAAGAGGAAGAGCCAGAAUGGAUUACGAUAAAGCCAGCUAUAGGAGAAAGAUGGAGCGCCUGCCUACAGACGCUCGAGGGCCACAGCGAUUAGGUCAACUCGGUCAUGUUCUCGCACGACUCGACCCUACUCGCAUCGGCAUUGUGGGACGGGACGGGGAUAAGACGGUUAAGAUCUGGGAUGCCAGCAACGGCAAGUGCUUAUGGACGCUUAAGGGUCACAGUGACUCUGUCCGCUUAGUUGCCUUCUUGCACGACUUAACCCGGCUCGUAUCGGCAUCGGGAGAUAGGACGGUCAGGAUCUGGGAUGCCAGCAGUAGUGAGUGCCUGCAGACGCUUGAGGGCCGUAGCAGCUCUGUUGGAACGGUCGCCUUCUCGCACGACUCGACCCUGCUCGCGUCGGCGUGGGGCGGGACGGUUAAGAUCUGGGAUGCCAGCAACGGCGAGUGCCUACGGACGCUUGAGGGUCAUAGCCGCCCUGUCUGCUUGGUUGCCUUCUCGCACGACUCGACCCUACUCGCAUCGGCCUCAGAGGGCGGGACUAUGCUCGACGGCUGCAGCGACUCCGUUUACUUGGUCGCCUUCUCGCACGACUCGACCCUGCUCGCGUUGGCGUGGGGCGGGACGGUUAAGAUCUGGGAUGCCAGCAACGGCGAGUGCCUACGGACGCUUGAGGGUCAUAGCCGCCCUGUCUGCUUGGUUGCCUUCUCGCACGACUCGACCCUACUCGCAUCGGCAUUGUGGGACGGGACGGUUAGGAUCUGGGAUGCCAGUAACGGCGAGUGCCUACGAACGCUUAAGGGUCACAGCGACUCUGUCUGCUUGGUCGCCUUCUUGCACGACUCGACCUGGCUUGUAUUGGUAUUAGGAGAUGGGACGGUUAGGAUCUGGGAUGCCAGCAGCAGCGAACGCCUGCAGACGCUUGAGGGUCACAGCGGCCCCGUUGACUCGGUCGCCUUCUGGCAUGACUUGACCCGGCUCGUGUCGGCAUCGUGGGAUGGGACGGUCAGGAUCUGGGACACCAGCAGCGGCAAGUGCCUACAGAUGCUUGAUGGCUAUAGUAGUUGGGUUAACAUGGUGGCCUUCUCGCACGACUCGACCCUGCUCGUGUCGGCGUCGCAAGACGGGACCGUCAAUAUCUGGGAUGCUAGCAGCGGCGAGUGCCUACAGACGCUUAAGGGUCACAGCAACUCCAUUUGCUUAGUCGCUUUCUUACACAACUUAACACGGAUCGUAUCGGCAUUAAGUAAUAGGACGGUUAGGAUCUGGGAUACUAGCAGUGGCGAGUGCCUAUGGACGCUCGAGGGCCACAGCAGCUUUGUCAACAGCGUCGCCUUCUUACACGACUUAAUAAGGAUCGUAUUAGCGUCGUGGGACGGCACGGUCAGGAUCUGGGACGCAGGCAGCGGCGAGUGCCUGAAGGCGCUUGAGGGCUAUAAUGAGUGCGUCUACAUGGCCGCCUUCUUGCCUGACGCGAUACGGCUUGCGUUGGCGUCGAGGGACGGGACUGCCAGGAUCUGGGACGCCAGUAGCGGCGAGUGCCUGUAA